UUUCCCGCCGGCGCGGCGGGCCCGACGGGCGGUCGCUAUGGCAGCGGCGGCGCUGCUGGCGCUGCUGGCGGGGCCGCUCCUGCUCCUCCUCCUCCUCUUCGGGGGCGCGCGCCGCCUGCGCCGAGCGCGCUCUCGCCCGGGGGGGUCCCGCGCGCUCCCGCGGGGCGUGCGCGCGCUCGUGGUGACGGCGCACCCCGAUGACGAGUCGCUGUUCUUCGCCCCCGCCCUGCUCGGCCUGCGCAGGGCCGGGGCCGCCCCCGCCGUGCUCUGCUGCUCCGCAGGAGAUUAUUACAAUCAAGGAGAGAUCCGUAAGAAAGAGCUGGAGCAGAGUUGUUGUGUCCUGGGGAUUCCUGCAUCCGAUGUCACAGUCAUUGAUCACAGGGAUCUUCCAGAUAAUCCUACUGUGGAAUGGGACACACAUCUCCUCGCCACCAUUGUGCUGGAGCACAUAGAGGCCAAGAACAUCAACCUGGUGGUGACCUUUGAUGCGGGAGGAGUGAGUGGCCACACAAACCACAUCUCUCUUUACUCUGCUGUCAGGUACCUGCAUUCAGAGGGGAAGUUACCUGAAGGCUGCCCAAGGUCGCUUAGUGGAUUCCAGCGUUAUCUCAGAGGCCUCUGGCUAAGUUGCUGUUUCAGGGCCUCCAGCUGGAACACCUGUUUGGCUCCCUAACACAGUCACAACAGGCUCUGAAAAGCUUCACCUGCUGGUGUCACAGGAGUGGACUCCUCAAUGGCAGCACUGCUCCCACCCUGCUUGGCAGGGAGCAGCCAGUUUCUCUGAACCCUUUUUCAUCUCUCCCUGGACUGUACAUUCCUUCCCUGCUUCAUUUCAUCUCACUUUCCCAUGCAGAACAGGCUUUGCUGUCAGCACAUGGAUAUCCUUGUGAUAUCACUGGCACAGAAGGCUCUUAGAGUGCCCUUUUUUUGGGAGGCUGAAUGCCACCAUGCCACCACUUUGCCUGAUCUGACCGAGGAGGGUGCAGCAGGUCAGAUAGAUCCACACAGAAAUCAUUUGCAGUGGUUUUUAUCCCCUAUUGCUGAGCUUUGGGGAACAAAAGGUGUAAUUGCUGCAUGAAUUAAUAUUUCUCAGGGAAAAAAAAAUUAGGAAAGGGAGAGCAUGUUUUGUUAACAGAGCAGUCCAGGCUUCAGAGGGCAGUUGUGGGUAACCCUGUGUCAGGCCUCUCUUCCCAUCAUUGCGAGUAGGAAUUCACAUGAUAUUGCCAGAGUCCCUUAACAACCAUCCAGGAAAGGAAAGAUCCAUUUCCCUGUGCUUGCUCUAGCCUUGUCUUCCCUUGUUUGAAAAGCAAACAGGUGGCCAGUGGGAAUGCCGAGAACAAGAGCAAGAGGAUCCAUAUCUAUUCCUUUCCUCUGCCACAGUGCAGCACUAAUUCUUCUCUCUCAAACUAUCCACAGCAGCAGCCCAGAAGGUCUCUGCAGAGAAGGGGGAAGAGGAGUUCCCCCACUCGUGGCACAUCACAGGUUUCCUUCCAAGUUUGGAAACAAAAAAUUCUGUAGUGGGAGUAGAAGAACCCUCAGGGCACUUCUGUUUGUGAGCAAGUGCAGCACUUGUCCCUGCAGAGCAUCCUUUGCAGGAGCAGCUGAGACCGAUGGCAGCCAAACAGCAACUGCUCUGCUGUCACUUGUCCGGGUGGGCCGGGAGCGAGACGGGGGCUCAGGCUCGCGGUCAGGAAGUGGCACAAGCCAUCCGUGCUGGUCCCACAGCUCCCUGCAUUCCCGCACGUCCGGGGGACCCCGCGGGGAGCUUGGCAGAGCUCAUCGCACAGCUGCUGCUCACAGGAGCACCGUGACCUUGCAGGGCUGGGGGCUGAGGCUGCGGGAGGACGGGGUGG